UUCAGAAUAACAAGGCAGUUCGCUAAUACCCGUCUAUUGGGAUUUUCUCUGAUACACAGAGAGGUAAAAAGCAAGCAAGGCAGCCAAACACAUUGCACAGUCCAAGUUCCGCAACCCAGCAUGGCUUCGGGAGACCUUUACGAGGUGGACAGAAUAGUAGACAAACGAAAGAACAAAAAAGGCAAAUGGGAGUAUCUGAUCCGGUGGAAGGGUUACGGCAGCAACGAGGACACUUGGGAACCGGAGCACCACCUGCAGCACUGCGAGGAGUUCAUCCACCAGUUUAACUCUCUGCACAGCCAUAAGGACCGGCACUCCAGGCCGGGCCGGCAGAGCAACAGUGCCCACCCCCCCUGCCGGACAGGAGGCAGCGAGGCCGCCCGGGCCCGGGGCGAGCCGCGCAGGAGGAAAAGGACUAGUGCUGCAGGCUCACAGAAGCAGAGGCGGGGGAGCAGCGGCAGCAAAGCCACUGCAAAUAAGGUGACCAGGACUGUGACCUACAGGAACACACAGAGCGGACUGCAAUUCAUGCCUGUCAGGAAGCCACACAAUGGAUUACAAAAUGGGAACUUGGACCCCCUGCCUUAUGGAAAUACCACCAGAGCACACAAAAUCCCAUCUGACAGCGUGGACCAAAUGCUGGAGGAGCUGAACGUGAGCAAGACUCCCCUUGUGAAUGAAUUGGGGUCUACGCUGUCGAACGGGGAGAUUAAUUUGCACAGCUCAAUGAAACGAAAGCUGGUGGAGGAGAAAGGCUAUGUGUUUGACAAGAGACUGAGGUACAGCGUUCGGCAGAAUGAGAGCAACUGUCGCUUUCGGGACAUUGUGGUCAGGAAAGAAGAUGGCUUCACACACGUUCUGCUAUCAAGCCAAACGUCAGACAACAAUGCAUUAACGCCAGAGAUAAUGAAGGAGGUGAGCCGAGCCCUGGGCAUCGCAGCAGCAGAUGACAGCAAGCUUCUGCUCCUGAGCGCCGUGGGCAGUGUUUUCUGCAGCGGGGUGGACCCCUCCUACCUCAUUGGCCGCCUGUCCACUGACCGCCGCAAAGAGAGCAGCAGGAUCGCUGAGGCCAUACGGGACUUUGUGAAGGCAUUCAUUCAUUUCAAGAAGCCCAUCGUGGUGGCAAUUAAUGGGCCAGCUCUGGGGCUGGGAGCCUCCAUCCUUCCUCUUUGUGACAUUGUGUGGGCCAGUGAGAAGGCCUGGUUCCAGACGCCGUCCGCCACCAUCCGUCUCACCCCCACCGGCUGCUCCUCCUACACCUUCCCUCAGAUACUGGGCGUGGCCCUGGCUAACGAGAUGCUUCUCUGCGGGAGGAAGCUGACAGCACAGGAAGCCUGCUGUCGGGGAUUAGUGUCCCAGGUCUUCUGGCCAACCACCUUCAGCCAGGAAGUACUGCUCCGUGUGAAGGAAAUGGCCAGCUGCAGCGCUGUGGUUCUGGAAGAGUCCAAAUACCUGGUCCGCAGCUUCCUGAAGUCACUGCUGGAGGAGGUGAACGAGAAAGAGUGUCAGAUGCUGAAACAAAUGUGGAGCUCCACCAAGUUCCUGGAAUCCCUCUUCACCUACCUGCAGGAAAAGGUUUACGAUGUCUGACCCCUGAUCCCCCCCAUCACCAACCCCACCUCACGACCCGACAGCAGGGUGAGUCACAUGAAGUCUGGUCCAGGCCCUUCAAUGCCCUGACGGAACAUUGCCUAGACCUGAGUGUUCUGUUCCAGCACUCCUCACUCACUUGUGUGAACACCUCCUCUUCUGGGAAAUUACCAUGGGUAUACUGACAGGCAGCACUGGAUCACCUGCAGCAGCGAAUGGUGCCGCCCUCCUGUGCCAGCAAUGAGCAGUACCUGAGGCAGGGCUUGGGAGCUCACGCCUGGAUGGCUAGCAUGACACAGGUGCACCAGAAAGGGUCACCCUGGUACUGACAUUUCUGGGCUAGAUGCCCCAGCCUGGUGCUCCCCUCC